AUGUCCACAUUCAAGAAUAUCCUCCUCAUUGGAGCGACGGGCUCCAUUGGCAGCGUUGUACUCGAAGCUCUGACAAAGGAACUCAGCUUUACCUUGACUGUGCUGCAACGAGCAUCAUCCAAGGCGAAACUGCCGGAGCAUCUCAGGGCCGUGAUCAUUGCAGACUCCUAUCCGACAGAGGACCUUGUCCAGGCCUUCAAGGGCCAGGAUGUCAUUGUCAACUGCAUGACGUCCCUCUCGGUCAUGGAUCAAUUCCGCAUGAUUGAUGCCGCCAUCUCUGCGGGUGUGAAGCGCUAUGUUCCCAGCGAGUACGGCCUGAAUAACAUGCGACCCGAAGCGCAAGCCUUGAACGCCGUCUUCCGGGCCAAGGGCAAGGUUCAGGAGUACUUGCGCGCCCGGGCGGCUGAAGGUGUCAUUGAAUGGAUGAGCGUAUCUUGCGGCAUGUGGAUCAAAUGGAGCAUGGCGCACGAGUUUCUUGGUAUGCACGUGGCGGAACGCAGAUUUGUGUUCUGGGACGACGGCGACGGCUUCUUUUCUUGCACGACGGAGGAAAACACGGCCGCGGGACUUAUUGAAGCACUCAAGAGACCCGGGGAAACCAAGAACAACAACAUCUUUCUGAGUGACUUUGCAAUCUCCCAGAAGCAGCUACUUGAAGUCAUUGAGAAGAUCCAGGGUGUCAAGUACGCCACUGAGAAGGUCGACAGCUACGCUUUGAUCAAGGAGAAGCAGGCAGAGGUUGAGAAUGGGAAUGAUCUGGCCACAUUCACCUUGAUUGAGACUGGUUUCGUGACGGGGCGGUACGGAGGGCAUCUGGAGGAAGAAGGAAGAGUGAUGAAUGAGCAGUUGGGUUUACCAAAGAGAGAAUUGGAAGAGGUGGUCAAAGGCGCCUUGAUAUCGCUCAACGUCAUGUAA